CCUCUCCAGAUUUAGGAAGCCCGGUCAGGCAGCCAUGGACUGGCACAAUGACACAAGCCAUGCUCUGGACUCACCGCCGACCACCUGCGUCUACCGAGAAAACUUCAAGCGACUACUGCUGCCACCUGUGUACUCGGUGGUGCUGGCGGCUGGCCUGCCGCUGAAUAUCUGUGUCAUCGCCCAGAUCUGCACGUCCCGCCGGGCCUUGACCCGCACGGCUGUGUACACCCUGAACCUGGCCCUGGCUGACCUGCUGUACGCCUGCUCCCUGCCCCUGCUCAUCUACAACUAUGCCCGAGGUGACCACUGGCCCUUCGGUGACCUCACCUGCCGCCUGGUGCGCUUCCUCUUCUAUGCUAACCUACAUGGCAGCAUCCUCUUCCUCACCUGCAUCAGUUUCCAGCGCUACCUGGGCAUCUGCCACCCUCUGGCCCCCUGGCACAAGCGUGGGGGUCGCCGGGCUGCCUGGGUAGUGUGUGGGGCCGUGUGGCUGGCCGUGACAACCCAGUGCCUGCCCACAGCCUUCUUUGCCGCCACAGGCAUCCAGCGCAAUCGCACCGUCUGUUACGACCUGAGCCCACCUGCCCUGGCCAUGCGAUACUUGCCCUAUGGCAUGGCCCUCACAGUCGUCGGCUUCCUGCUGCCCUUUGCCGCCCUGCUGGCCUGCUACUGCCGUCUGGCCCGCCGUCUGUGUCGCCAGGACGGCCCGGCAGGGCCUGUGGCCCAGGAGCGGCGUGGCAAGGCAGCCCGCAUGGCUGUGGUGGUGGCAGCCGCCUUUGCCAUCAGCUUCCUGCCUUUCCACAUCACCAAGACAGCCUAUCUGGCAGUGCGCUCUACGCCCGGUGUCUCCUGCCCGGUGCUGGAGGCCUUUGCAGCUGCCUACAAAGGCACGCGGCCCUUCGCCAGUGCCAACAGUGUGCUGGAUCCCAUUCUCUUCUACUUCACCCAGAAGAAGUUCCGCCGGCGGCCACAUGAACUGCUACAGAAACUCACAGCCAAGUGGAAGCGGCAGGGUGGCUGAG